UCCGUUCUCCCGAAUAUGGGGCUGGGGGCGGCGGGGCGGGGCGGGCUCAGUCCCGAAGAGGUUAAACCGCGGCCCGGUGGGAUGAAACCCCGGAGCUUCAUGGGAUGCCGUAUAAAGGCGUUCCGCCGCCGGGAGCUCCCGGUGCGCACGGAGCGCUGUGCCAUGGAGCCGCCGGGCACCGCCGGGGCACCGGGAGCGGCGGGGCGGCCCUGGGAUGAGGCGAAGGCGUUCUACGAUAACCUCACCCCCAAGAAGAAACCUAAAUCGCCAAAGCCUGAGAAUGCCAUCACCAUCGCGGUGUCCUCACGGGCGCUUUUCCGCAUGGAGGAGGAGCAGAAGAUUUACAAUGAGCAGGGGGUGGAGGCCUACGUGAAAUACCAGCUGGACCAUGAGAAUGAGCCCUUCCUCCCCGGGGCUGCAUUCCCCUUCGUUAAGGCUCUGGAAGCAGUGAACACGCAGCUUCGGGAGCUCUAUCCUGACAGCGAGGAGCUCUUUGACAUCGUCCUGAUGACCAACAACCAUGCCCAGGUCGGGGUUCGCCUGAUCAACAGCAUCAACCACUAUGAUCUGUUCAUUGAGAGAUUCUGCAUGACAGGGGGGAACAGCCCCAUCGGUUACCUCAAGGCUUAUCACACCAACCUCUACCUCUCCUCUGAUGCCGAGAAAGUGAGUGGGGCCAUUGAAGAGGGGAUCGCCGCAGCCACCAUCUUCAGCCCCAGCAAAGACCUGCAGGUGUCAGAGAAGCAGCUGCGCGUGGCGUUCGAUGGCGAUGCUGUGCUCUUCUCAGAUGAGUCGGAGCAGAUUGUGAAGGCUCACGGCCUGGACAUGUUCUUCGAGCACGAAAAGGCUCAUGAGAACAAUCCUCUGGCACAGGGACCCCUGAAGGGCUUCCUGGAGGCCCUGGGAAAGCUACAGAAGAAGUUCUACUCCAAAGGGCUGAGGAUGGAGUGCCCCAUUCGCACCUACCUGGUCACAGCCCGCAGCGCUGCCAGCUCGGGCGCCCGAGCCCUAAAGACUCUGCGCAGCUGGGGCCUGGAGACGGACGAAGCGCUGUUCCUGGCUGGUGCUCCCAAGGGGCCUCUGCUGAAGAAGAUCCGUCCCCACAUCUUCUUUGAUGAUCAGAUGUUCCACGUGGAGGGAGCCAAGGAGAUGGGCACCGUCGCUGCCCACGUCCCCUACGGCGUCGCACAGAAGCACAAGCAGCAGCUGCAGGAGAAGCCGCCCCAGAACAGCAAAUAGGGCACGGAGCUGUGAGAGGAGGAGGAGGACGCCGAAGGCUUCCUGUCACCUCAGUGUCCCGUGGUGUCAUGACGUCCCCUUCCUCACGGCACCACUUCCCCAUUGGGUUGGUGUGACCCAUCAGCUGUUCUGAAGUCCCGGGCGAUUCCCGGCACCUUCGGUUCCAAGAGCGAAUGUUGAGGCUGAGCUGUUGGACUGCAGAGUGGUGAGCACUAAAACCCCUCCUGAAGCUUUCAACAAGAUACUGAAACAAAACCCUUUCCUGCCAUAGAAACAUGGAAUCCUUAGGGUUGGAGAGGACCUCUGAGGUCAUCCAGUCCAUCCACCGUCCACUGCUACCGCCCACUGAACAGCAUCAAGUGCUGCAUCACAUCUUUCCUUCCACGCCUCGGGGGAUGUGACCCCACCUCUGUUCCUGUUUCAUGUUUGGAAAUAUAGAAACAAAUAUUUACAUUGAAAAAAAAAUAGGAAUCCCUUUUUCUGCUUUUGGAACUUUGGGCCAUUGAUCUGGUAAUUGGGUUCCAAGGUUGCACCCGCAGUGAGGCAGCCAGAGCUCAGCUCUGGUGAUGCCUUCCUGGCUCCGCAGACCCUGGGGCUUAAAUCUGAGCAGCCCUAAAAUAUUAGGAACAACAUUUGAAGUCCAUUUAUUCGAAUCUGUGGAGAAUUUCAGCCUUGGGGACUUAAUUAAAGGAUUUUUUCCCCCUCUCUGAGCUGAGGCCUGUAGGGAUGGAUAAUCUUUUUCUCCUCAGCUUCUUAAAGCUCUGAUGUUCCCAAAAUAAGCCCUGGGAGAAAGAGCCACCUCUGUGAUCAGAGAGCUGGAAGGGGAAUCAAUGGGAGCGCUGCUGUGUGGGGUGUGAGUGUCACAUCGCCGGCCGCGUGUCCUGGGGGAGGUGGCAAAUGUGGACGUGACUUUGCGUGCUUCUCUCCUUCUUGUUUGCUUGUUCCGAAAGCAGAGCACGCACCGUGGGGCACAGAGGGCGCUCAGCACGAGAUCUUUGCAGUGACUUCCAGCUUUGCAGCAUCUCCCUGCGAUGAGGCUCUCCCUGUACAUGCCUUUGCUUUGCAGGAUGGCUCCAGCUGACCUGGUGGUGGUUGUGGCCCUUCCGACCGAUCCCCAGAGGGCUGACGAUGCCCCUGUCAGCUCUGCAGACUGUUUUCUCAUUGCACUAAAUCCUGCGUCGGCAGUGAAAAGCAAAUUGCACUUUUUCCUCCUCCCUGAACGCUUUCAUUUCCACAGACUGUUAUUGGUGGCUCCUGGGUGACCAAGGUCUGCAAUCCCAAAGUCUGGAACGAACUCUGUCAGUAUUCAUGUCUAUCAGAAAAUCCCAUCUUCAUGGGAACGGCGGAUGCUGGGCUCUGAGCUGUCUCUCAGCCCUCCUUAUCCUCCACUGAGCGUUUCCCAGCUGUUUCCUGAAGGUCCCAUCUUGGAAGCCCAGCUGCAGCCUGGAACGGGGUGGGGAAAUGGCAUCUCCAGAGUGUGUGGGGAGGGAGGUGGGUGAAGAUGGGAUGGGCUCAACCAGGGACAGUUGUACGGCUGCUAAAGGUGGGUGCUGUCAGGUGUGCGCCCAGGUGAGGUGUGGGAAGUGACUCCAGCACAGUUUCUUGUCUCCAGCCCCAGUGGGUGCUGCCAUGGCCUUUGUGCUGCAUUGGCCACCAGAUGGGCUUCACUGCUGCAUCUCCCAUCGGUUUUGCUUUGCUGUUCUCCUGUGGUUUUUCUUGUGAGUGAGCUGCCACGGCAACAAAACCCCUUUGGGUGGUGUUCUGUAAUAAACGGUGUUGGCUGCA